AUGGAAGCCGUUCCGUCUGCGCUGAUCCUCUGGAGAAGCGCCCCGAAGCGUAGAGCUCGGUUGCUGCGGAUGCAGAGCAGGAUUGUGGGGCGAUUUGAGCAGAUCGUCGAGACUGGCGGGAGCUUCGGGCGUUUGAAUGCGUACGUUGCUGGUGCCCGGCGUGGGGUGCAAGAUGGAUUGGGAGCUGCGGCUCGGCUCUGCCGAUGGCUGCGACGAAGAGUUCGACGGCAUCGCGCUCGCUGCUUGGUGUUGGCGAGAGAUAUUCCUUACGGAUUGGAUAAGGUUACGAUGAGAUCAUUUGCAGUGUAUGAGACGAAGGUUAAGAUCAAUCGAUCGCGGAAGAGAAUCGUGAAUCGUCUGUUGGCUGAAGUCGUCUCAGACCAGCUGGACAGCAAAGCAAGGUGCAGCCGAUGA